CAGGUAGCACAAUUCAGCUGCUUACAGAGAGCAUUUGGUUUGCGUCUCACUAGCUCUGCACUACCUGAUCAUGAAGUACCUGCUAGGUUUUUUAGUUUUUGCAAUUGCCACGGCAUUUGACGUGUCUGAAGAUAGUAAUGGCGAUAUCCAAAUUACAUGUGAAGAGCGUUCUGUUCAUGUUAAGUGGAAAGUGGACAAAACAAUGACUGGAAAUCCUACUCGUCUUUUCUUGGGUAGCUGCUUUCCUUCACAAUUCUCAAAUGCGUCAAAUGGAGCAGAAGCAGACUUUUACUAUCCACUUAACGCUUGUGAUUUCAGACGAAUGGCAACAUGGAAAUACUUGGUGUAUGAGAACAAGCUAACCUACAGGCCGUUGCCAAAGCCCUCCCCUCCUUCUUUCAGCUAUCCAAUUAGAUGCGUGUAUGACAGGCCGAAGGGUUGGACUCCUACCUUCCAGAGCUCUUCUACUGGUGUUAUCCAAGGUCAUGGAGAACUGGCCUUUCACAUGGCAAUUCUCAAUUAUGAUUUCAGUGGCCCUGCAGAAUCCAAUGUCUUUCAACUGGGAUCUUUUGUUCCUAUCUGGGCUGGUGUUAACCAGCAAGCCCAUCAGCCUCUGCUGCUGCUUCUGGAGGAAUGUGUAGCCUCCACAACACUCGAAAUGUACCCAGAUACUCUUACAUACCCACUCAUUACCAAUAAAGGGUGUCUUGUGGAUGGUAAGAAAAGCUUCUCCAAGUUUUUACCAAGGUAUCACUCCUCCUCGAUCCUGCUUCACCUUCAAGCUUUCAGAUUCGCUGUGGGACAAGACGUCUACAUCCAUUGCAAAUUAGUUGCGUGGGACCCUGACCUCCUCAAUGAAGAAAAGAAGGCCUGCAAUUAUAAUAAAGCCACAGGAGAGUGGGAGCUUUUAGACGACCCAUUCCAGAGUUCUCUUUGUCAGUGCUGUGAAUCAACAUGUCAAGGCCGUGGAAAGAGGGACACGGAUUCCGCACCUCAAGGACUGGUACUAAAGUCUGUGCUGGGACCUUUGACAUUUACAGAAGAUUCACUGUGAUGUUACUCCGACAUGUCAUCCGUAAUAUUUUGCUGAGUGGCUGUCUAUAUUGAUGCAAUGGAUAACUGACAGGUGCUGGAUUCCUGAUCUGAGUGAUUGAGUAGGAGUGGCCCAAGAAGUCUUCAGAUUUGUUUCACUGCUCCAACUUUUAUGCAUCGUGUUGAUUAAAAGACUGUGAAAC